CACCCUCUUGCCUGAGGAGCUCCAGCGGAGCGCGCUCUCCCCGGGGCCGGGCGCGUCCCCCGCGCACAGAACAAGGGGACACCCAGGCGCGCGCUCGCGCUUCCUCCCUGGGCCGAACGUCGCGCGCUGCCCGCGCGCCGCCGCGCCAGCCUCGCGCGGGCAGCCCGCCCCCGCUGCCUUGCAGUUCGCAGGCCCCGCUUGCAAAGUGGCGACAUGGCGCUCGUGCCCUGCCAGGUGCUGAGAGUCGCCAUCCUCCUCUCCUACUUCUCCAUCCUGUGCGCGUACAACGCCAUUGACAUGCCGGCGCAGCAGACCUAUGGAGGGAGUUGGAAAUUUCUGACAUUCAUAGACCUGGUUAUCCAGGCUGUCUUUUUUGGGAUCUGUGUAUUGACUGAUCUCUCCAGUCUUCUCACCAAAGGAAGUGACAGCCAAGAACAAGAAAGACAGUUAAAAAAGCUCAUUUCCCUCCGUGACUGGAUGAUGGCUGUUUUAGCCUUUCCUGUUGGAGUUUUUGUUGUGACAAUGUUUUGGAGCCUCUAUAUCUAUGACAGAGAAGUGGUUUACCCAAAACUUCUUGAUAAUUUUAUACCCUCUUGGCUGAAUCAUGGAAUGAUUACAAACCAUUCCCUUCCUGUAUUCUUCUAAGAACAACUUGAAUAUUCAUCAAAAGAUAGUUCUACAAAAAGUUUUUGUAUCAGAUAUGCCCUGUGAUGAACCUAGAUUUGGGCCUUGCACUGGAAGGAACAAUAUUAGUGUUUUAAUUUUAUUGCCCAAGCCUUGGUUAUUUAUCUUCCCCGUCAGCAUCUUAAAACCAUGUACCCAACCUUCAUUCCCCUCCUUCGCUUCCCUGUUUUUCUGGCUUCUUCUUUUUUGUAGUUACAAGGGGAAAAAAAUUUCUCCUCCUCCUGGAAUAUUUCUUUCCCUGAAGAUUUGAGGCAACACAUUUAUUUUCUGCUAAUGGAAUUCUUUCCAUGGCAGCAAAUUAUGACUUUGCAAAACAGAGAUUGUUGUGAACUGUCAGUAUCCAAGUGAAGUUGCAGCCAUACAGAGUCAAGUUUGAGUUUGAAUUUGGACUCCCACUGUUACCAACUCACGUGCAUGUACACAUACUCAGCUACUUUUAAAUAGAACAGUUGUAGAAUAGAUGGCCUAGUUAGAUUAUUUUUAGUUUUUGACCUUUUCAGAUAUGAACUACAACACAUUAAAACAUAAUGAGGUGGCACUAUUAUUUAUUUCAUAGGACAGACCCAAGGUAAAAUAUAAACAUGAGGAGGGAGGAAGAAUAAAGACUGUGAUACACUAUCAUUUUUAGAAACAAAUGGCCCGUUCCUUUUGGUAACCCUAAUUUUACACAAGUCUGAUAGGGCAUACCUACUGCACACUAAGUGUGUGGGAAAGGGUUAGCGGCCAACAGAUGGGAAAAGGGUAAGGACCAACCCAGAUAAUUUAUCAGAUUUGAUGACGCAAGAGAGAGAUUCCACUGGGAUUCAUGUAAGAGGAAGAUUUAAAGAGAAGGCUACUGGGUUGGGAGCCUGAGCACAAUAAAAUCCCUCUCCUUCCUUCUAUCAUCAUAGCUGAACCUACUUGGAACAACUAACCAAGAGUUGUGAUAGAAUCACCAUCUCUGGAAAAUUUUAAAUCCAGAUGGGAGGUUUUUCUAAAACCUAUGCUCUAGUCCAAACAGGAAUUAAAUCAGGGAAGUCCUAGGGCCUGUGUUAUAGAGGAAGUCGGACUAGAUAAUCAUAGUGGUCCCUUCUGACAUUAUUUAUGAAUAAUGAUGAGAAGUGCUGGGAGGGAAUUGGUGAGCUUAUCUCCUGGCUCCAGGGAGAGCUGGGAUGACUUAGAUAGAUCUGAGUCAGGGACUGUAUUAACUGUUGUUAGUGCAGGGAGAAAGUCCACCUUAACCCUUGGGAUUCAAUUGAUGGACCCUCUGGGUCUCGGCUGGGAUUGAAAGGAGCAGGAGUUUCAUUAGCUUUUUGUGCUGGUCCACAAUAAAGUCUUGGAAGACACUUUGAAUGCUGAUCCAGCUGCUUCCUUCUUUAUUAAGUUUUGGGAACCUCCAGGCUCCGUAAGAGAGACUGGCUGUUUGAGCUGGAGCUGGAAUCUUGCCACAAGCAAAGCACUCAAUGAGUAACUUUUAUAUACAUCGCUUCUACCUUUUUCUUUAUCAGACUUGUUGAGAGGUGAAUGGAUGAUGAUAUACAGGAUCCACUUCAUAUUCCUUAAAUCCAUUGACUUGUCUGGGUGCCUGGCUAGCUAAACGUAGCUUCCUGGUUUAGAAGUCAUGUUGGAGUACUGUUAACAGUCCAGCUACAAAUUCAAAGCAAAUGAAUAUGGACCCAGCAUAGUCAAACAGCCUGACCUUCCUAAGAAGCACCAAACACAGAAAAUUACACCUGAAAGAUAUUUUUCAGUGAAGUGCUUGCAGGAGAUAUUCUUGACACAUUCCAAUGUGCUUUUCAAGCAUCCUUGUGUUCCUCAAGGAAAGUCCAGCCACCUUUUUCGUGACCCAUGAUAAACCCCUGUGAAUAAAGAUUAUUGGAAAGUCUCCAUUGGGCAAUGCCCAUGCUGUUUCUUUAGAUGUGAUACUGUCCCUAAAACAGCAAUGAGAGUAGCAUGCUUUUCUGAGUAUCAUCAAUGCACGCUGAAAACACAAGGGGACAUUUUUUAAACCUCCAGAUGGUUCAAGAUGAUGGUAAAGCUCAUAAUUAAGAGGAAUAUUUUCAAUCAGUGUGCCAUUUUAAUAGUAGUAGUUUAGUUAGCUAGCCAUACUUUAUCUACCAUAUCUGAAAUGAAGAUUUGUUAACUGAUUUGUUCCCCUCCUACAUAUUCUCUCUGUUAAUUUUGCUGAAUGUUGUGCUGCUUUCAAGGAAUUUUCCUCCCCAAAGCCAGUUACAGAGAGUACAGUGCCACCAGGAAUCCUCUCUCUAUUGUACCCUGGUGCCCUUGGGCAUACAGCUUAUUCAUCAUUCCAUCACAUCCGUCUUCCAAUGACUGAACUUGCAUUGAGCAGAAGCAUUUUAAAACAAAAAAGCCAAUGUGAUCAGAGCCAAAUAGGCACAUAUGUAUUUUCUGCUUAAAGACAAAAAGCAAAAUGUUAUGACUUUUAAUUUUCAUACUUUGCUAUAGCAAGGUAAAAAGCAGUGUGAGGUAUGUUAUAAUUAUAAGAUUGAUCAUAAGCAUUCAUCUUAUCUGCCACACAUAUUAGUAGAGUAUUCCUUUACCUAGGCUCCUACACCUGAUGGAAAGGCUAGAUAAACCCAGGGUAUAUAAUGCAGAUAUUAGUACACACUAGGUAUCUUUCUUUUAGACCCUGCUCCUGUUCUUCAGUAAUCUUAUUAGCAUCACUAGCCCCAAGCAUUUAAAAAAAUGAGUUGGAUCCCAAACAUAAUGACAGAGUUAAAAAUAACUUGUAGAGCUAUUUAUUUGCCUUUUGGUGUCAUAGUCUACAGGUUUCAGAGUAGCAGCCGUGUUAGUCUGUAUUCACAAAAAGAAAAGGAGUAUUUGUGGCACCUUAGAGACUAACAAAUUUAUUUGAGCAUAAGCUUUCGUGAGCUACAGCUCACUUCAUCAGAUGCAUCUAUUCUAUAGGGUUCUUUUUUUUUUUUUUUCAAACUAUUCUCCACAACCAUGAGGGCUUGUGUUUUUUGUUCAUUUGGUUGGGGGACUUAGUGUGGGGUGGUUUGUUUUUUUUUUUUUUUGUGAAAGCUGAGAUUAUCUAAUCACAUAAUACCUCAGCUUCAGGAUUCAAGCAAAACACCAAAUAUUGUGAGACUUGUAAUAAAAUUAGCAACAUUUGAUUUAUCCUUUAUUAUACUGAGAGUUUAAUCAGGCCUGUAAAUGUCAGUAAAUAGUAAGUAAUUCUUCUAUUCUACUUCAUGCUGAUUAGGCCUCAAUGGGAGUAUUGUGUCCAGUUCUGGGUGCCACUUUUCAGGAAACGUGGACAAAUUGGAGAAAGUUCAGAGGACAGUAACAAAAAUGAUUAAAGGUCUAGAAAAC